AUGAUUUUCACACGUUUAUCACGAAUCGUGCAAGCUGGAGGAAGUAAGUUAACCGCUCCGUUCAAAUGUUACCAACCUCGAACGAUCCCUGUGCCGAGGAAUUUUAACCGGCCGGCUAGUAACAUGAACGGAACAGCACUGUUUCAAAUCUCGGACGAUAGGAUACAGAAGUAUCUAGAACGGUUACGGCUGGAAUAUUACGCUCUGAAGGUACAGGAGCAACGCACCAGGAAGGAUAUUCAACGCAUGCUGCUGCUUUCGAACGUGGUGGAGAUGUACGAACAGCGUAAGAUAAUAGUGGACAAUCUACACUCGCUCAAGGAACUGAAGGACGAUAAGGACGAUGAGAUGGUGCAGCUGCUAAAGGAGGAACGUGAAGCGUACGGAAGUAUUCUGAUGCGGCUAGAUAGCGAAAUACUGAACGGUAUUUUGUCGAUGGAUGAUGAGGAAGAUUAUGGAUCGCUUAUAAUGGAAGUUACGGCGGGUGUCGGUGGCCAGGAAGCGAUGCUGUUUGCCCGCGAACUGUUCGACAUGUACUGCGGGUACGUGGAGUACAAAGGAUGGGAGGUGGAAAUGCUCCAGACGGAAGAUACGGACAUCGGGGGCACGAGACAUGCGACUACAAUCAUUACCGGACAGGAUGCCUAUCGCUACCUGAAGCAUGAAGGAGGCGUUCAUCGGGUGCAACGUAUCCCGGCAACGGAGAAAUCGGGUCGCAUACAUACUAGCACCGUCACAGUGUCCAUCAUACCCCGGCCGGAUGAUUUUCAGGUCGAUCUGAAGGAUAAAGACUUGAAGAUAGAGACGAAACGUGCUAGCGGAGCUGGAGGACAGCACGUCAACACGACCGAUAGUGCCGUGCGCAUCGUGCACAUCCCAACCGGAAUAGCCGUUGAGUGUCAAACCGAACGAUCGCAGCAGAAAAAUCGAGAAAUUGCUAAGGAAAAGCUGAUCGCUAAGCUUACGCAAAUCGAGCUGGAAGCACGUUUUAGCAGUACACAAGCGCUCAAAAAAUCACAAGUCGGUCAAAGUUUGAGGAAUGAGAAGAUUCGCACGUACAACUACAACCAGGAUCGCAUUACGGACCACCGUAUAGAGGGUGGAACCGCACACAAUUUGAAGGGUUUUCUGGAAGGUGGCGAACAGCUAGAUGAGCUGAUUGAAAAACUACAACGGUCGCAACGCCAGAAGCAGCUUAUGGAAAUUAUUAAUCGAGAAUGUUAGCU